AUUAGGUUGCGCGCCAUCGUUCCAGGCGGUCGCACAUUCCACGUGCCAUAGCCGUAACAACAACCUGCCAACCGCUUAAAACCAAACUCAAAUACGAACCGAAACUGCCUUCACACACACAAGUACCUAAACCAAAUCUAAAUAGCUGCCAAAAGAAACCAAAAAUUCCAGAGACGUCGUAGCAUCCGUUCCCCGGAAGAAGAAGAAGAUGGGAUCGCCGGGAUCCCAAGCGCCCGCGAUCGCGAUCGGGAUCAGUAACGGGCGGAGAGGUCACACGGGGUCGCUGCUCCUGCGCCUCCUUCUCGUGGCCUUCGUCCUCAACGCCUGCCACGUACCCCCGACCAAUGCCAAGCAAAUUACGAAAAGUAAAGUUGAUGACCAGGACUUUAUACUGGCCGACACACAAUCGCUGCAGGGCAGCGUUGACCUUGACGAUGACGAAGCGUUCCUGAUUCCUCCGGAUUCCGAAGAGAAGUUGGAUAAGAAGUUCACGCCGGAGGGCAACUGGUGGAGCCAGGGGCUCCAUCGUGUUCGCCGCUCCCUAAAUAGCUUCUUCGGCUCCGACGACGAUGAUCAGGAAAAGGAACGUGAGCGUCAGAGGCAAAGGCAAAAUAAUCGCGAUGCCGCCAACCGGCAAAAGGAACUUCGGCGCCAGCAAAAGGAGAGCCAGAACCGCGAGAAGCAGCUGCGAUUGGAGCGCCAGGAGAGGCAGCGCCUUGCCAAGCGGAACAAUCACGUGGUCUUCAAUCGCGUCACCGAUCCCCGCAAGCGGGCAUCCGACCUUUACGACGAGAACGAGGCAUCUGGCCUAAACGAGGAGGAAACCACCACCUAUCGCACCUACUUUGUUGUUAAUGAGCCAUAUUCAGACGACUACAAGGAGCGGGACAGCCUCCAGUUCCAGAAUCUGCAAAAACUUCUUGACGAGGACCUGCGCAACUUCUUCAAUCGCAAUUUCGAAAAUAACGAUGAUGAAGAGCAGGAAAUCCAUAGCACCCUAGAGCGAGUCGAUCAAACCAAGGACCAUUUUAAAAUUCGCGUGCAACUUAGGGUAGAUCUGCCCAGUUCAAUCAACGACUUUGGAAGUAAGUUGGAGCAACAACUGAAUGUCUACAAGCGAAUCGAUCGUUUGGGUGCCAGUACCGAUGGCGUCUUCACCUUUACCGAAUCGAGCGUCUACAAAUACGAACACCAAUACGAUAUUGUGACACCGAGAGUAAUUGUAUCUGGACAACCGAUAACUGAAAAACCAGUCGAAGCACCCCAAGAAUUCGAUGAGGAUCCUAUCGAAGUUGCAUUGCCCACGGAUGAGGUGGAGGGCUCCGGCCAAGAUUCCGGUAGCUGUCGCGGCGAUGCCACCUUCCAGUGUCGAAGGAGUGGAAAGACUAUUUGCGAUGAAAUGCGAUGCGAUGGAUCUCGCGAUUGUCCCGAUGCCGAGGACGAGGAAGGCUGCGAGGUUUGCAACGAACUUCAGUUCAAGUGCGAUAACAAGUGUCUGCCGCUCAAUAAGCGCUGCGAUAAUCGAUACGAUUGUGAGGAUCAGACGGACGAGGCUGGUUGUCAACGGUACGAAGUAGAAGAGUCUCAGCCUCAGCCGCAGCCGCAACCUCAGCCUGAACCGGAACCUGAACCUGAACCUGAGCCUGAGCCUGAACCUGAACCAGAACCAGAACCUGAAGAGCCUAUAACAGACAAUGAACAGCCUGAGCAAAACUCAGAAUGCCGGGCCACCGAGUUCAGAUGCAACAAUGGGGACUGCAUCGAUAUUAGAAAGCGUUGCGAUCACAUUUCGGACUGUAGCGAAGGCGAGGACGAGAACGAGGAGUGCCCCGCCGCCUGCAGCGGAAUGGAGUAUCAAUGUCGCGACGGCACGCGCUGCAUAAGUUUGAGUCAGCAGUGCGACGGUCAUUCCGAUUGCAGCGACGCCGACGACGAGGAGCAUUGCGACGGAAUUGUGCCCAAGCUACGAUACACAUGCCCCAAGGGCAAAUUCACCUGCCGGGACUUGAGCUGCAUAUCGAUUGUCCAUCGCUGCGAUGGUCGGGCCGAUUGUCCAAACGACCGAUCGGAUGAGGAGGGCUGUCCCUGUCUGUACGACAAGUGGCAGUGUGACGAUGGCACCUGCAUAGCCAAGGAGCUGCUCUGCAAUGGCAAUAUCGAUUGUCCCGAGGACAUUUCCGAUGAACGCUACUGCGAGGGUGGUAACGAUGGUGAGGAUUGUCGGUUCGAUGAGUUCCGUUGCGGAACUGGUGAGUGCAUACCGAUGCGUCAGGUGUGCGAUAACAUCUACGAUUGCAACGAUUAUUCCGAUGAGGUCAGCUGCGCCGAGGAGGAGGAAGAUAGUGUGGGCAUACCCAUUGGCCGUCCACCGCAGAGGCCAGCGCCCAAACACGACUGGCUGGACGAAUUGGACGCCAAUGAGUACCACGUCUAUCAUCCAAGUAAUGUCUAUGAGUUGGCCAAUUCCAAGAAUCCCUGUGCCAGCAAUCAAUUUCGCUGCGCCACCACGAAUGUGUGCAUCCCCCUGCAUUUGCGUUGCGAUAAUUUCUAUCACUGCAACGAUAUGAGCGAUGAGAAGGACUGCGAGCAGUAUCAACGACGCACCACCACCACCACCCGACGACCUUCGACCUCGGCCCGGCCCUCCUUCACCUUCACCUUCACGACCCAGGGGCCAGGCUUGCUGGAGCGUCGCAAUAGCACCACCAGUAGAACCACCGCAGGCAGCACCACCAGAGCCACCGAAGCACCACAAUGGCCAUGGGCAACCAGACCCACCGAGACCACGACCACUAACCCAAUAACAACAGUUGGCGUAGCGAGCAGCUCACCUCAGUCCUCCUGUCUCGAAAACAUCGAAUUCGCGUGUCACAAUCGCGAUUGCAUUCCGAUUGAGAGCGUCUGCGAUGGCACCCCCGACUGCGGACGCAGUGAAGACGAGGACGACGCUCUUUGCAAGUGCACCGCCGACAAGUACAAAUGCCAACACGGCGGAGGCUGCAUUCCGAAAACCCAGGUGUGCGAUGGCAAACCUCAGUGCCGCGACCGCAGCGACGAGAGCGCCUGCCAUCUCAAUGGAAGAUUAAAUAAGACUCGUUUGGGGGUCCAGUGCCAGGAAAACCAGUAUCAAUGUGGCGAUGGAAGCUGCAUCUCCGGCUACAAACGCUGCAAUGGCAUCAACGAUUGCGCCGAUGACGCCGACGAAUAUAACUGCAUCUACACCUACAACGAAGACUACGGUAUAGACCCGGACGACAAUCCAUUGAAUGAAUGUGAUAUCCUUGAGUUUGAAUGUGACUACAGUCUGUGUUUACCGCUAGAGAAGAAAUGCGAUGGCUAUGCAGACUGUGAAGACUUGAGCGACGAGUUCGAGUGUCAGUCGUACACAGAGAAUUGUCUAUUGUCUGAGUUCGAAUGCGAUGGCUACUGCCUGCCCCGCGAUCAGUUAUGCAACGGAAUAAUCAAUUGCCAAGAUGGCAGCGACGAGCGCAACUGUACCUUUUGCCGGGAAGAUGCCUACCUCUGCACCACCGGCGAGUGUGUGGCCGUAAAUCAGAGAUGCAACGGCAUCGUCGAAUGCGCCGAUGGCAGCGACGAGCGUCACUGCGCCAGGAUAUAUUGUCCACCUAAUAGGCUGGCCUGCAACGGCCGAUGCGUCAGUCGGAGAAUUAGGUGUGAUGGCAAACGCGAUUGCCUCGAUGGCUACGACGAGAUGUAUUGUCCGGUAGUCAACACCACAGAGACCAACUACCAUUAUCCCACACACAAUCCUAAACCAAAAACCUGCCGAACCCACGAGUGGCAGUGUACGAAUCUCGAGUGCAUCGAGAUGAGAUUGAAGUGCGAUGAUGUUCCGGAUUGCUCGGAUGGAUCCGAUGAGGACCUCAGCAUUUGCUUCGGCACGGCCACCACACGACUAAAGCCCAGCGACUGCGGUCCGGAUCAGUUCUUCUGCGAUGAUUUAUGCUAUAAUCGCUCUAUUCGAUGCAAUGGCCAUAUGGAUUGCUCAGAUGGCAGUGAUGAGAUCGCUUGUAGCUCGCUGUCAGUGCUUCCAUGUCCACAGCACCAGUGUCCCAGUGGCAGGUGUUAUUCGGAAAGUGAGCGAUGCGAUCGCCACAGGCACUGCGAGGAUGGCUCCGAUGAGGCCAACUGUACUGCCAUCCUGUGCAAGGAUAACGAGUUCCUCUGCUUCGAUCGCCAGUUUUGCAUAAAUUCCACGCAGCACUGUGAUGGCUUCUACGACUGCCGAGACUUUUCCGAUGAACAGAACUGCAUUGGCUGUUACGCGGAUCAAUUCCGCUGCAAUAAUGGUGACUGCAUUGCGGAAUCGGCUCAUUGCGAUGGAAAUAUCGAUUGUAGCGACCAGUCCGAUGAACUCGACUGCGGAGGAGACUCGCAGUGUCUGCCCAACCAAUUCCGCUGCAAGAAUGGCCAAUGUGUGAGCUCUACAGCGCGUUGCAACAAGCGUUCCGAUUGUUUGGAUGGCUCCGAUGAGCAGAAUUGUGGUCAUCAUCAUGUUGAGGUCAGCCCAGGAAGCACUGGAAGUACCAGCACCACCACUAGCACCACUGCCAUGACGCCUCUGAGAAUCAUCUGUCCACCAACCUCAUUUAAAUGCGAAAAUGGACCCUGUAUUUCGCUGGGCCUCAAGUGCAACGGACACGUCGAUUGUCCGUAUGAUAGUAGCGAUGAGGCGGAUUGUGGCCAAAUCAGCAAUGACAUUGAUCCCAAUGAACCUAACAACUCCGGACGUGGAACGAACCAAUUGAAACUCAAGACCUAUCCCGACAACCAAAUCAUUAAGGAGAGUCGUGAGGUCAUCUUCCGUUGCCGUGACGAAGGUCCCAACCGCGCCAAGGUCAAGUGGUCGCGACCCGGCGGACGUCCCCUGCCCCCCGGUUUCACCGAUCGCAAUGGCCGCCUGGAGAUCCCCAACAUCAGGGUGGAGGAUGCUGGCGCCUAUGUCUGCGAGGCCGUGGGCUAUGCCAACUAUAUUCCCGGUCAGCACGUCACCGUAAACCUCAACGUCGAGCGCUUAAACGAACGCGAAAUCCGUCCGGACUCAGCCUGUACGGAGUACCAGGCCACCUGCAUGAACGGCGAGUGUAUCGAUAAGUCGGGCAUCUGCGAUGGACAUCCGGACUGUUCGGAUGGCUCCGAUGAGCACAGCUGCAGUUUGGGUUUGAAGUGUCAGCCCAACCAGUUCAUGUGCUCCAAUUCCAAGUGUGUGGAUCGCACCUGGCGCUGUGAUGGCGAGAACGACUGCGGCGAUAACUCCGAUGAGACCUCUUGCGAUCCGGAACCAAGUGAUGCUCCGUGCCGAUACGACGAAUUCCAGUGCCGCAGCGGUCAUUGCAUUCCCAAGAGCUUCCAGUGCGACUAUAUGAACGAUUGUACCGAUGGUACCGAUGAAAUUGGAUGCUCGGUGCCCUCUCCAAUGACCCUACCCGCACCCUCGAUUGUCGUGAUGGAGUACGAGGUCCUCGAGCUGACCUGCGUGGGCACCGGCGUCCCGACGCCGACGAUCGUGUGGCGUCUCAACUGGGGCCAUGUGCCCGAGAAGUGUGAAUCGAAGAGCUACGGCGGAACCGGAACCCUGCGCUGUCCGAACAUGAGGCCCCAGGACAGUGGUGCCUACUCGUGCGAGUUCAUCAACACACGCGGCACCUUCUAUCCGAAAACGAACUCGAUUGUCACCGUUACGCCGGUGCGCUCGGAUGUCUGCAAGGCCGGAUUCUUCAAUAUGCUGGCCCGCAAGUCGGAGGAAUGCGUCCAGUGCUUCUGCUUUGGCGUUUCGACCAACUGUGACAGUGCCAAUUUGUUCACCUACGCCAUUCAGCCACCGAUCCUUUCGCACCGCGUGGUCAGCGUUGAACUCAGUCCGUUCCGUCAAAUUGUCAUCAAUGAGGCUAGUCCGGGUCAGGAUCUGCUCACCUUGCACCAUGGUGUUCAGUUCAGGGCAUCGAACGUACACUACAACGGCCGGGAGACACCAUUCUUGGCCCUGCCCGCUGAGUAUAUGGGCAACCAGCUGAAGUCCUAUGGCGGCAAUCUGCGCUACGAGGUCAGGUACAAUGGCAACGGUAGACCGGUCAGCGGACCCGAUGUCAUCAUCACCGGCAACAGUUUCACGCUAACCCAUCGCGUUCGCACUCAUCCGGGUCAGAACAACAGGGUGACUAUUCCCUUCCUGCCGGGAGGCUGGACGAAGCCGGAUGGUCGCAAGGGAACGCGAGAGGACAUCAUGAUGAUACUGGCCAAUGUGGACAAUAUUCUGAUUCGACUGGGCUACCUGGAUAGCACAGCUCGCGAAGUGGAUCUGAUAAAUAUCGCCUUGGAUUCGGCCGGAAGUGCCGAUCAGGGAUUGGGCAGUGCCUCGCUCGUGGAGAAGUGCACCUGUCCGCCCGGCUAUGUUGGUGAUUCGUGCGAGUCCUGUGCCUCGGGCUAUGUUCGCCAGGCCCGCGGACCUUGGCUGGGUCAUUGUGUGCCCUUCACCCCGGAACCGUGCCCAGCGGGAACCUACGGCAAUCCCCGACUUGGUGUUCCCUGCCAGGAGUGUCCGUGCCCCCACGCGGGCGCCAAUAACUUUGCCAGCGGCUGCCAACAGAGUCCCGAUGGCGAUGUGAUUUGCCGCUGCAACGAAGGCUAUGCCGGCAAGAGGUGCGAGCACUGCGCCCAGGGUUACCAGGGUAAUCCGUUGGCACCGGGAGGAGUCUGUCGCAAGAUACCCGAUAGUUCGUGCAAUGUCGACGGCACCUACAACAUCUACAGCAAUGGAACGUGCCAGUGCAAGGAUAGCGUGAUUGGCGAACAGUGCGACACCUGCGCGCCGAAGAGUUUCCACCUCAAUUCGUUCACCUACACCGGUUGCAUCGAGUGCUUCUGCAGUGGAGUGGGCUUGGAUUGUGACAGUAGUUCGUGGUAUCGCAACCAGGUCACCAGCACCUUUGGACGAACGCGCGUCAAUCAUGGAUUCGCCCUGAUUAGCGACUAUAUGCGCAAUACCCCGGUAACGGUGCCCGUUUCCAUGUCCACCCAGGCCAAUGCCUUGAGCUUCGUGGGAUCCGCCGAGCAGGCCGGUAAUACGCUCUACUGGAGUCUUCCCGCCGCCUUCCUGGGCAACAAGCUGACCUCGUACGGAGGCAAGUUGAGCUACACGCUCAGCUACAGUCCCCUGCCCAGCGGCAUUAUGUCGCGCAACAGUGCCCCCGAUGUGGUGAUCAAGAGCGGCGAGGAUCUGAGGCUCAUCCAUUACAGGAAGUCGCAGGUCAGUCCCAGUGUGGCCAACACCUAUGCCGUGGAGAUCAAGGAGAGCGCAUGGCAGCGCGGCGAUGAACUGGUGCCUAACCGUGAACACGUCCUGAUGGCCCUCAGCAAUAUUACGGCCAUCUAUAUCAAGGCCACGUACACGACUAGCACCAAGGAGGCCUCGCUGCGAUCGGUCACAUUGGAUACGGCCACGGCCACCAAUCUGGGCACCGCACGUGCCGUCGAAGUGGAGCAGUGCCGCUGUCCCGAGGGCUAUUUGGGUCUCUCCUGCGAGCAGUGUGCUCCUGGCUAUACGCGCGAUCCGGAGGCAGGAAUCUAUCUGGGUCUCUGCAGGCCCUGCGAGUGCAAUGGACAUUCCAAGUAUUGCAACAGUGAGACAGGCGAAUGCGAAAGCUGUUCCGACAACACCGAAGGAUUCAAUUGUGACCGAUGCGCCGCCGGCUAUGUGGGUGAUGCCACCCGAGGAACUUCGUACGACUGUCAAUACGAUGACGGCGGCUAUCCGACGUCGCGUCCACCGGCACCGGGCAAUCAGACGGCCGAAUGCCUGGUGAAUUGCCAACAGGAGGGAACCGCCGGUUGCCGCGGCUACCAGUGCGAGUGCAAGAGGAAUGUGGCUGGCGAUCGAUGCGAUCAGUGCCGCCCCGGAACCUAUGGACUGUCGGCCCAAAAUCCGGACGGUUGCAAGGAGUGCUACUGCUCCGGACUGACCAACCAGUGCCGCUCGGCGUCUCUCUACCGCCAGCUGAUACCCGUGGACUUCAUUUCGACGCCACCAUUGAUAACAGACGAAUUCGGCGACAUCAUGGAUAGGGAUAACCUUGUGCCCGACGUGCCCAGGAAUGUGUAUACCUACAAGCACACCUCCUACACGCCCAAGUACUGGAGCCUGAGGGGUAGUGUGCUGGGCAACCAGCUGUUGUCGUACGGCGGCCGCUUGGAGUACAGCCUGAUUGUGGAGUCCGUUGGCCGGGACCAUCGUGGCAAGGAUGUGGUCCUAAUUGGCAACGGACUCAAGCUGAUCUGGUCGCGACCCGAUGGCCAUGACAACGAGCAGGAAUACCAUGUGCGUUUGCAUGAGGACGAGCAGUGGACGGUUGAGGAUCGUGGAUCGGCACGACAGGCCACGCGGGCCGACUUCAUGACUGUGCUGUCGGAUCUGCAGCACAUCCUGAUCCUGGCCACACCCAAGGUGCCCACGGUCAGCACCUCGAUUAGCAAUGUCAUCCUGGAGAGUUCGAUAACCACGAGAGCGCCUGGAGCUACGCAUGCCUCCGAUAUCGAGUUGUGCCAGUGUCCAUCCGGUUAUACGGGCACUUCCUGUGAGUCCUGCGCACCACUGCACUACCGCGACGCCUCUGGACGCUGCAGUCAGUGUCCUUGCGACGCUUCCAACACGGAAUCCUGCGGCUUGGUCAGCGGCGGUAACGUCGAAUGCCAGUGCAGGCCACGCUGGAGGGGUGAUCGCUGCCGGGAAAUUGAAACUAACGAACCGACUCCGGAACCGGAUACCAGUACCGAUGAUCCCGUGCGCACCCAGAUCAUAGUGUCGAUUGCCAGGCCAGAGAUUACCAUUCUGCCCGUGGGUGGAUCGCUGACCCUCAGCUGUACCGGUCGAAUGCGCUGGACCAAUAGCCCAGUGUUUGUGAACUGGUACAAGCAGGGCAGUCACCUGCCCGAGGGAGUCGAGGUGCAAGGCGGUAAUCUGCAGCUGUUCAACCUGCAGAUCAGCGAUUCUGGAAUCUACAUCUGCCAGGCCGUAAGCAACGAGACCGGCCACAGCUUUACGGACCACGUCUCCAUCACCGUUUCCCAGGAGGACCAACGCUCGCCGGCUCACAUUGUGGAUUUGCCCAACGACGUGACCUUCGAGGAGUACGUAAGCAAUGAGAUCGUCUGCGAGGUGGAGGGCAACCCACCACCCACUGUCACCUGGACUCGCGUGGAUGGCCAUGCGGACGCCCAAAGUACGCGAACGGACAACAAUCGGCUGGUCUUCGAUUCGCCGAGGAAAUCGGACGAGGGUCGCUAUCGCUGCCAGGCAGAGAAUAGCCUGAGUCGGGAGGAGAAGUACGUAGUCGUGUAUGUCCGGAGCAAUCCUCCCCAGCCGCCGCCGCAGCAGGAUCGUUUGUACAUCACACCGCAGGAGGUGAACGGUGUGGCCGGUGACUCCUUCCAGUUGUCCUGCCAAUUCACCAGCGCUGCCUCUCUGCGCUACGAUUGGUCCCACGAUGGUCGCUCCCUGUCCGCGUCGUCACCCCGAAAUGUUGUGGUCCGCGGAAAUGUCCUGGAAGUCCGCGAUGCCAACGUUCGCGACUCCGGCACCUACACCUGUGUGGCCUUCGACCUGCGCACCCGACGCAACUUCACCGAGAGCGCACGGGUCUACAUCGAGCAGCCCAACGAGCCGGGAAUCCUUGGCGACAAGCCGCAUAUCUUGACCUUGGAGCAGAACAUCAUAAUUGUGCAAGGCGAGGACUUGAGCAUCACAUGUGAGGCAAGUGGAACGCCCUAUCCCUCGAUUAAGUGGACCAAGGUGCAGGAGAAUCUGGCCGAAAAUGUCCGCAUCAGUGGCAAUGUGCUCACCAUCUACGGAGGCCGCAGUGAGAAUCGUGGUCUUUACUCCUGCAUCGCCGAGAACUCUCACGGCAGCGAUCAGUCCAGCACAAGCAUCGAUAUUGAACCCCGGGAGCGGCCGAGUCUUACGAUUGAUACGGCCACCCAAAAGGUUUCGGUUGGCUCCCAGGCGUCCCUUUACUGUGCCGCCCAGGGCAUUCCCGAACCGACCGUCGAGUGGGUUCGAACGGAUGGUCAGCCACUGUCGCCGCGUCACAAGGUCCAGGCACCCGGCUAUGUUGUGAUCGAUGACAUUGUGCUCGAUGAUAGCGGUACCUACGAGUGCCGGGCGAGCAACAUAGCUGGCCAGGUGAGCGGCUUGGCCACCAUUAACGUCCAGGAGCCAACUCUUGUGCGGAUCGAACCAGAUAGGCAACACCAUAUCGUCACCCAGGGCGACGAACUCUCGCUCAGCUGCGUGGGCAGUGGCGUCCCUACUCCUUCGGUCUUUUGGAGUUUCGAGGGAAGAGACGUUGACAGGAUGGGAGUACCGGAAGGUGCUGUUUUUGCGCAACCUUUCCGAACCAACACUGCCGACGUGAAAAUCUUCCGGGUGAGCAAGGAGAACGAAGGCAUCUACGUCUGUCACGGAUCCAAUGACGCGGGUGAAGAUCAACAAUACAUUCGCGUGGAGGUACAACCCAGACGGGGUGACGUCGGUGCAGGAGGAGAUGACAAUGGUGAUGUCGAUACCCGACAGCCCCCCAAUCGGCCCCAAAUCCAACCGAAUCCAUUGAGCAACGAACGCCUGACCACCGAAUUGGGCAACAAUGUGACCCUCAUCUGCAACGUGGACAACGUGAACACGGAAUGGGAACGCGUCGAUGGCACACCCCUGCCGCACAAUGCCUACACGGUGAGAAAUACGCUGGUGAUUGUCUUCGUGGAGCCGCAGAAUCUGGGUCAGUACCGCUGCAAUGGAAUCGGUCGCGAUGGACGUGUGGAGGCCCAUGUGGUGAGGGAGCUGGUUCUCCUGCCCCUGCCCAGGAUCACCUUCUAUCCCAACAUCCCGCUGACCGUGGAGCUGGGCCAGAACUUGGAUGUCUACUGCCAGGUGGAGAACGUGCGUCCGGAGGACGUGCAUUGGACCACCGACAACAAUCGACCACUGCCCAGUUCCGUACGCAUCGAGGGCAAUGUCCUCAGGUUCGCGUCCAUCACUCAGGCUGCUGCCGGUGAAUACCGCUGCUCGGCCACCAAUCAAUAUGGAAGCCGAUCGAAGAACGCCAGGGUGGUGGUGAAACAGCCCAGUGGCUUCCAGCCCGUUCCCCACUCGCAGGUGCAACAGCGUCAGGUGGGCGACUCCAUCCAGUUGCGAUGCCGCCUGACCACCCAGUACGGCGACGAGGUUCGCGGCAAUAUCCAGUUCAACUGGUACCGUGAGGACGGCAGCCCCUUGCCCCGCGGUGUCCGUCCGGAUAGCCAGGUGCUGCAGCUGGUUAAAUUGCAGCCCGAGGACGAGGGCCGCUACAUCUGCAACUCGUACGAUUUGGGCAGCGGGCAGCAACUGCCCCCCGUCUCCAUCGACUUGCAAGUACUAACGGUACCAGCGGCUCCCCAGAACCCCAUCUACCUGCCGCCAGUGGCGCCACCACGUUCGCCCGAAAGGAUCCUCGAGCCCCAACUGAGCCUGAGUGUACAAUCCUCGAACCUGCCAGCCGGCGACGGCACCACCGUCGAGUGCUUCUCCUCCGAUGACUCCUACCCAGAUGUCGUGUGGGAACGCGCCGAUGGAGCUCCACUCAGCGAAAAUGUCCAGCAAGUGGGCAAUAACCUGGUGAUUAGUAACGUGGCCUCCACCGAUGCCGGUAACUAUGUGUGCAAGUGCAAGACGGACGAGGGAGAUCUGUAUACCACCAGCUACAAACUGGAGGUCGAGGAGCAGCCCCAUGAACUGAAGAGCUCCAAGAUAGUCUACGCCAAGGUUGGCGGAAAUGCCGACUUGCAGUGCGGAGCCGAUGAAGAUCGACAGCCCAGCUACCGUUGGUCUCGCCAAUACGGACAACUUCAGGCGGGACGCAGUCUGCAGAAUGAGAAACUUUCGUUGGAUCGCGUUCAGGCCAACGAUGCCGGAACUUAUGUUUGUUCGGCCCAAUACAGCGAUGGCGAGACGGUUGACUUCCCCAACAUUCUGGUUGUGACCGGGGCGAUUCCCCAGUUCCGCCAGGAGCCCCGCAGCUACAUGAGCUUCCCCACGCUCUCGAACUCCUCGUUCAAGUUCAACUUCGAGCUGACCUUCCGGCCGGAAAACGCCGACGGACUGCUGCUCUUCAAUGGACAGACCCGCGGAAGCGGUGACUAUAUCGCACUCUCGCUGAAGGAUCGCUAUGCGGAGUUCCGGUUCGAUUUUGGCGGUAAACCGUUGCUGGUGCGAGCGGAGGAGCCACUGGCUUUGGAUGAAUGGCACACGGUGCGCGUGAGUCGCUUCAAGCGGGAUGGCUACAUCCAGGUGGACGACCAGCAUCCGGUGGCCUUCCCCACCUCCCAGCAUCAGCAGAUACCCCAGUUGGAACUGAUUGAGGAUCUGUACAUUGGCGGCGUGCCCAACUGGGAGUUCCUGCCCGCCGAGGCGGUGGGUCAGCAAUCAGGCUUCGUGGGCUGCAUUAGCCGGCUGACCCUGCAGGGACGCACCGUGGAGCUGAUCCGGGAGGCCAAGUUCAAGGAGGGCAUCACCGAUUGCCGGCCCUGCGCCCAGGGACCCUGCCAGAACAAGGGCGUCUGCCUGGAGAGCCAGACGGAGCAGGCCUACACCUGCGUCUGCCAGCCGGGCUGGACUGGCCGGGAUUGUGCCAUCGAGGGCACCCAGUGCACCGCAGGAGUUUGCGGCUCGGGACGCUGCGAGAAUACGGAGAACGACAUGGAGUGCCUGUGCCCGCUGAACAGGGCAGGCGAUCGAUGCCAGUACAAUGAGAUUCUAAAUGAACAGAGCUUGAAUUUCAAGAGCAACAGCUUUGCGGCCUACGGAACUCCCAAGGUCACCAAAGUAAACAUCACACUCUCCGUUCGUCCCGCGAGCCUGGAGGACUCUGUGAUCCUGUACACGGCGGAAUCCACUCUGCCCAGCGGCGAUUACCUGGCUUUGGUCCUUCGCGGUGGCCACGCGGAGCUGCUGAUCAACACGGCCGCCCGCUUGGAUCCCGUGGUGGUGCGUUCGGCGGAACCGCUGCCCCUCAAUCGCUGGACCAGAAUCGAGAUCAGGCGUCGCCUGGGCGAGGGAAUCCUCAAGGUGGGCGAUGGACCCGAGCGAAAGGCCAAGGCACCGGGAUCCGAUCGCAUUCUGUCGCUCAAGACCCACCUCUUUGUGGGCGGCGUCGAUCGGUCGACCGUAAAGAUCAACCGUGAUGUGAACAUCACCAAGGGCUUCGAUGGCUGCAUCUCGAAGCUGUACAACUCGCAGAAAUCCGUCAAUCUGCUGGGUGACAUCAGGGAUGCGGCGAAUGUCCAGAACUGUGGGGAGGCGAAUGAGAUAGAUGACGAUGAGUAUGAGAUGCCAGUAGCGCUGCCAUCGCCUAAGGUCGCCGAGAAUGAACGUCAGCUGAUGGCGCCGUGUGCCAGUGAUCCCUGCGAGAACGGGGGAAGCUGCAGCGAGCAGGAGGACAUGGCCAUCUGCUCCUGUCCCUUCGGCUUCAGCGGCAAACACUGCCAGAAUCACCUCCAGCUGAGCUUCAAUGCCUCGUUCCGCGGCGAUGGCUACGUGGAGCUGAACCGCAGCCACUUCCAACCCGCCCUGGAGCAGACGUACUCCCACAUUGGCAUUGUGUUCACCACCAACAAGCCGAAUGGCCUGCUUUUCUGGUGGGGCCAGGAGGCCGGGGAGGAGUACACCGGACAGGACUUCAUUGCCGCCGCCGUGGUCGAUGGCUAUGUGGAGUACUCGAUGAGGCUCGAUGGCGAGGAGGCGGUCAUUCGGAACAGCGAUAUCCGCGUGGACAAUGGCGAGCGGCACAUUGUGAUCGCCAAGCGGGAUGAGAACACCGCCAUGCUGGAACUCGAUCAGAUCCUGGACACGGGCGAUACGCGACCCACCAUCAACAAGGCAAUGAAGCUGCCGGGCAAUGUGUUUGUCGGUGGCGCUCCUGAUGUCGCGGCAUUCACGGGCUUCCGCUACAAGGACAAUUUCAACGGCUGCAUUGUGGUCGUCGAGGGCGAAACCGUGGGCCAAAUUAACCUUAGUUCAGCUGCCAUCAAUGGAGUGAAUGCCAACGUGUGUCCCGCUAACGACGAACCUCUGGGAGGAACCGAACCGCCAGUCGUCUGAGGACACAACCAGCAACCGAAAUUAGCUUUUUAAUUAAACAUUAACAAAUGAAACAAAAAGAAAAACAAUUUUUAUAUAUACAACAUAUGAAUAAGCCCCAAGCAAACCUACAAAAAAUUGAAUAUUAUACGACGAACAGAUAAUAUAAAAACAAAAAAAGAGAGAAACGAUCACUUCUACUACAAUUGCUUCUUCGAUCCUUAAGUCUAGGUUAAAGAUUGUAGCAAGAAAACAAGCGAAUAUCACAAACAUUUAUUUAACAAGAACGCCAUGCGAGAAGUGAAACGAAACAGAAACAAUAAUGCAAUUAAUGCAGAUAAUACAGAUAAAGCCUAGAACCCUAAGAACUAACUAACUAACUCGAACAAGAACAACAACGCAUACUAGCCAACUGCAACCACAACAACCACAAUAGUGAAGGCAUUUUAAUUAUAAUUUUAGUCUCUAGCUUAUAACUAUGACUACGACUCGUUUUUUUUGUGAGCCCAGUGUAAAAUGUUGGAAAUCGGAAAUUGGCCCUACACACAAACACACACAAGUUAUUAAUUAAAUACCAAUUGAUACCAUAUAAUGAUAAAUGAAAUACUAUGAAUGCAACUAUUGUGAACGAACGAAAACCGUUGAGUGGAUAAAAAGCAUAAGCAGAAGAUAUAUUAAAAUGAAAUCAACAACA